GAAUAUCAUGUUCCCAACAGCGGCGAACACCCUGUUUGGAAAGGACAUCUUUCUGAAAACCAAAAAUAAUAUGAAGGAGUUCCAAGAGCACUUUCAGAACUAUGAUGACGAUUUUGAAUAUGCCACCCAGCUGCCUGAGUAUUUUAUGAGGAAAUGGUCUAAAUCCAAGAAGUGGCUCCUUGACGUCUUUGAAAAAGUGGCGCGGCAUGCGGAGGGAACAAACCCCCCGGCUGGCGAUUCCAAGACAGUUCUGCAGCACCUCCUGGAGACCAUAACUGGAAAACGCUUUGGUCCUAAUUAUGGUCUCUUACUCUUCUGGGCAGCUCAAGCGAACGCCGUUCCUGUUUCUUUUUGGACGCUUGCAUUUAUUCUAUCUCAUCCAUCUGUUUACAAAAACAUAAUGCAGGAAGUAGAAUCUGUUUUGGGGAAAGCAGGUAAAGAAAAAGUGGAGCUCUCUAACGAAGACCUCAAAAAGCUCCAGUUGAUCAAGUGGUGUAUUUUGGAAAGCAUACGCCUAAGAGCGCCUGGAGUCAUCACCAAGAAAGUGACCAACCCAGUAAAACUUCAAACCAACCCGGCUCCCCACCUGGAUCUGUCUUCAAGGAUGCACUGCAGUCCUUCGACCUGCCUGUUUCGAAAGGAGGAACUCGUUAAAUACAUGAAGUGCCCCUUAAGUUUGGAGGAUGGGGGAAACGUGAAGCUUAUUUAUGCAAAGCCGAUUUUGGAAACAAAAGUUUUCUUCCCACAGGAUCGUUGGAAAGAAGCAAAUUUAGAGCAGAAUGCUUUCUUGGAAGGCUUCGUGGCAUUUGGAGGAGGGUCACAUCAGUGUCCAGGAAGCCCAAAGCCAUUCCCAAUCAGCUACCUGAGUCCCCUCCACUUAACAGGAACUCAGCAGCCUGAAGGAUCGUGCAGAAUUCGGUAUAAAAGGAGAGCGUAGAAACCAUCCGUGGCGGCCGAUCCAGUUCUCAUACCAGCCACAGCCGCACUAAGAGACCGUUGAUCUCAAUGGCUUCCGGUGUCCUCAGGCACCACAUCUGGAGCUCGAAAGCCACAACUUGACCUGUACUAUGCAACCUACGUAUUUUUAUCCCACACCCAUCAUUUUGGGUUUUGGAUUCCUUUACCCAGAGAACAGCCAUCUUCUUUUCAUUCCUCCUGUUUGUCCUAUGGACCCAAUUCUUUAGUUUUUUCGAUUGAGUUCUCUAAUUAACAGACUACCCCCAGUGUCAAAGUUCAUUAAGGUGAAGCAGCUGCUGUUUGAGCCAGAGAGAGGCAGACGUGCUCAGGGAUUCCCGUGUACCAUCCUGUGGUUCACUCCCUGCCCCGCAGCCGCGUGAAUAGAGAUGGGCUGAUUUCGCACUAGAGC